ACCAUGAAGCGGACGUUUCCGAACCCGGCUGUUAGGUUACUACACUAUCCAGUUAUAGCGAGUUUCAGUCGUGGAGGCCUGUCUUUCACGAUUCCUCGUGUUGGUUUUCCAUUCCUGCCGCCGGCCGUCCAUCUUUCUGUAUCACGAGUCACAACGCACGCACUUCGGGUGGCGGAUCCGAAGAAAACCAAGUUUUGUUGUGUGGUGUGUCUACUACAAUAUUGAGUAGACGUAGAGUAGACGAGGAGCAACAUCUACAUCAUACAUUUGUAUGUAGAAAGAAGGUAGUUCGUCUUUCCGCCAAACAAAAAUCGCCAGUCGGCAGCCGCCCAGCCAAAUCGAAUCGACAGCCGGGUUUAGUUGACGGUUGACUUUCGAGCGGAUACGGCCGUUGUUUUUGAUUGCUAGGAACCGUUGGCGGGACAUUGGAACGACAUUGAACAACAAUCCAUCUGGGAAAAAGUGUGAAAAUUUUUUGCAUGCGUUAAGAGGGCGGAAAACUGAAAGAAAAUUGAAAUACUUGUGCUCGUGGGAAAUUUUUUUGGACUUUUUCGUGUGUUUGUGACUGAACAUUUAGCAGUGUUAUUUUGGAAAAUAUUUUCGAGGAGGUGACGUGGAAUUUGUUGUUACAAGUGUUUUAUUGUGUAUCCCGAAAGCCCUUAAACCAUGAGCAACAAUGAACCUGGGGUUACCCACCGGAUGCUGUACGAUCCCCCGGAGGGUCAAGCAUCCAACAGUAAGCUGAUGCAGUUUGUGGCUGGCGUAGGAGUGUCCUUUGCUGCCAUCAGUGCCGGAACGGCUCUCGGUUGGACUUCGCCGGUGUUGCCGCAACUUACGGAACCAAACAAUACGGCUAGCGCCGCCUCCGAUGUGACCAACAGCACCGAUAGCUUUUAUCUGACGGCUGAUCAACAAUCAUGGGUCGGAGCGUUCCUAGCGGUCGGAGCUUUCGUGGGUGCCCUGCCAGCUGGUUUCCUGGCCGAGAAGAUCGGCCGCAAAUUCACCACCAUGUCCCUGGCCAUACCAUACUUGAUCAGUUGGGUCCUGAUCAUCUUUGCCAACGGAGCCGAAAUGCUGUACGCCGGACGAUUCAUCAUUGGUAUUGCAACGGGAGCUUCCUGCGUCGUCGCGCCAAUGUUUAUUUCGGAGAUUGCAGAAACGGCCAUCCGAGGGACGUUGGGUGCGUUCUUCCAGCUGUUCCUCACGGUUGGGAUUUUGUUUGUGUACGCCAUCGGACCGUAUGUGUCCUGGGUACUGUUGAGCGUGUUGUGUGCCAUCUUCCCGGCUGUACUGAUUGUGGCCAUGAUAUUUGUCAAGGAGAGCCCCACUUAUCUGGUGAAGCAGGGUCGCCGAAGUGAUGCCGCCGUUGCACUGAGAUGGUUCUGGGGCAAAAACUGCAAUACCCAGAACGCCGUUGAAGCCAUCCAAUCGGAUCUGGACGCCGUGAAGGGUGAAGCCCGUUUGUCGGAUCUGUUCACCAAGACCACGAACCGGAAUGCGUUGUUCAUGUCGUUGCUCUUGAUGUUCUUCCAGCAGUUCUCCGGUAUCAAUGCAGUCAUCUUCUACACGGUACAGAUCUUCAAGGCCGCCGGCAGCACCAUGGAUCCGGCCAUCUGUGCCAUCGUCGUUGGAGUCGUCCAGGUGCUGAUGACCUUCGUUUCCGCCGUAUUGAUCGACAAAGCUGGUCGCCGUAUUCUCUUGCUGCAAAGCAGCUUCGUCAUGGGCUCUUGUUUGAUUGUAUUGGGAGUGUAUUUCAACUUGCAGGCUGCAAAGGCCGAUGUGUCCAACAUUGGAUGGCUACCGCUGGCUUCGGUAGUGCUGUUCAUCGUGAGCUUUUCGCUAGGCUUUGGUCCCAUUCCAUGGAUGAUGAUGGGGGAACUGUGUGCGGCUGAUAUCAAGGGUAUAGCAACGGCUCUGUCUGUAAUGUUCAACUGGACUCUGGUGUUCAUUGUAACCAAAACCUUCGGAACUAUGCAGGAAGUCAUGGGUGCGGAUUGGACUUUCUGGUUCUUCGGCAUCUGGAUGAUGGUCUGUACGGUUUAUGUGUUCUUCAAAAUUCCAGAAACCAAGGGCAAAACGAACGCUGAGAUUCAGGCUAUUCUCGGUGGAAAGAACUAAACUAUUCCGCAUAGACUGCAGGGUAUCCCUUAAAGUGGCACAGGAUAAUUGUCAAUCCGCACUACUGGAGGAGAAUUGCUUUGAUUUCUACGCUUAGACUUAGGUUUUGUUUUUGUAAAUAUUUAUCUAGAUAUUUUUUUAUUGUUUUGUGCGUAAGGUCGAUGUCAAUUGGAAGCAAUUAUUGCCUAGCCGAAUAGGUUCAGAUCAAAACUGAGUAAGGAAAUUUAUUAAGUCUUGAAAGUUUAGAUCAAGCCAUCUAACGCUUUCGUUGUCAUAACAGUUCACUAUUUGUGUAACCUUAAAAAAUGUGUCUGUUUUUUUUUUUUAAAUUAAACAAUAACAUGUCAUUAUUCCAUAGCAACAACAUAUCGGAUCAAUUCAAAACAUUCAAUGAACAUAACCAACCAAUGUUUAGGCCCAGAAUUCAAAACUCAGUAUUCAAAAUUUAGAAAAGCGCAUUUGGGAAUUGGAAUUCAAUGUUCAGAAAUCAUGAAUCGUAAUCUGAAAUACAAAUUUUGAGUAUGCAAUCGAACAUUGGUGUUUUAAACGUUCAUCGAAAAAAAAAUUAAUAGUUUAGGCUGUUCUUUGAAAAUUAUAUGUUCGUCCAAGUUUUGGUUCCUCAAAGCAUAGCAUAUAACUUUGCCGUACUACCUAUCAUACCUGCAUAUCUGUACGAAAAUAUGUAAUAAAAAUAUAGCAUUCAGCGAACCCAGACAUCACAGUAAAAGCUGGCACACUCACACAACAAAAAAAAAAAAACAAAACUGGUAACAAUCAUUUGGUACAUUGAUAAAAACGGAAGAAAUACCUCUAUAUAAAGUCUCCCAAUGUUUCUAAUAACAUUUCUUUUGAAGUUAUGAUUUUUUGUUUUCAAAACUCAUCCACCGUUUUGAUCCUGUUUCAUUAGUUGUAGGAAAACGUGCCAUGUCGUUUAAUAUUUUCUUUUAACGCCCACUUAUUAGGGGGUUUUCACAUUUUAACCUAGCAAGAUGGACGCACUGUUGGUCUUAAGAAAUAGUGGUUGCCAUUUUAAAGUUUAGAAGACAUUUUGGUACGAAGGUGCACUCGCUGUCAUUUCACCUCGAAUUCCUGGCAUCGGUCAGGUAUGCGGGAUGAUCUAAUUUAAAUCCUAUGUCCAUGAGUCUUUUUGACAAUUUUAUAAAAUAAUUUUAUUCAAAGGUUAGGUUAUUGGAUAGAAACUGAAAUAAGAAACGGGAAAGAGAUUUCAAACAGGCUAUAGACUAUUUAUCGAUAUUUACAGCAAUAAAUUAGGAAAAUUGUUAUGGCAAGUGCUUGUUCAGGUCUUGCAAUAACCAAAGUUUAUCAGAUGAAAUUGUAACAGUUUCUACAAUGAAGCCGGUAAGAAACAUAAACCUGUAUAAUAGAAAAAAGCCAGAUUAUAUUUGAGCUAGUAUACAAUGUUAUUCUAAAAAAGGGUAACUUUAAUAUUACCAUUGCUGGUUAUUCAUCAUCCAUCGAGUCUAAAUGGUUAAAUAGCAUGACAGGAAUACACUAUAACUACUGCUAAAUUAUAGUAACACAAAAAUUGUUGAACGUAAUACUAAUGCUACCGAAAUUAUUAGAGCUGAAAUAUUGAGAAUUAAUUUGUUCACAGGACGAAAUGAUGUGUCAUAUAUAAAUUAAGGAAUAAAUAUAAUGUAUACAACAAA